AUGGGGCGGUGGUGUUCGCCGGCGUCGGCGGAGCCGCGGUCGGUGCAGCUGCUCCUGCUGGGCGUCGCCCUCGUCGCCGCCUCCUUCUACGCCGGCACCCUCUUCCAGUCCUCCGCCUCCCCCGCGCUCAUACUGCCCCCUUCCGUCUCCCGGUCGCCCGGUACCUCCAAUCCCCAAGAUGCUUCAGAGUUCACAAACAAAGUUGGUGUUACUUAUCGAACGGCAUCAAUCUCAGUUCCUGAUUAUGGACUUGAUGUGUGCCCUUUGGAAUACAACGAGCAUAUUCCCUGUCACGAUGCCGCCUAUAUAAGAAGCUUAAGGAACCUGGAUAGAUCUAGACACGAGGAUCUUGAAGCUAAAUGCCCUCCACGAGAGGAGAGCUUGUUCUGUUUGGUGCCCCCACCAAAUGACUACAAGAUACCGAUAAGAUGGCCAACAAGUCGGGACUAUGUAUGGCGUAGUAAUGUGAAUCAUUCACACCUUUCUGAGGUAAAAGGAGGACAGAAUUGGGUGCAUGAGAAUGGUAAGCUUUGGUGGUUUCCUGGCGGUGGCACUCACUUCAAGCGUGGUGCAUCAGAAUACAUAGAGAGGCUAGGAAAUAUGACAACCAAUAGUACUGGUGAUCUCCGCUCUGCAGGAGUUGUUCAGGUUUUGGAUGUUGGAUGCGGUGUUGCCAGCUUCUCUGCUUAUCUUCUUCCCCUAGAUAUUCAUACUAUGUCAUUCGCGCCAAAAGAUGGCCAUGAGAAUCAAAUCCAGUUUGCUUUAGAGCGUGGGAUUGGUGCAAUGAUCUCUGUGUUGGCCACAAAGCAAUUACCGUAUCCUGGAAAUUCAUUUGAAAUGGUUCAUUGCUCCCGAUGUCGUGUUGACUGGCAUGAAAAUGAUGGAAUAUUGCUCAAAGAGGUCGAUCGUCUUUUGCGACCUAAUGGAUAUUUUGUAUAUUCUGCUCCACCAGCUUAUAGAAAAGAUAAGGAUUUCCCUAUUAUCUGGGAGAAGCUAAUUAAUAUCACAUCAGCAAUGUGUUGGAAGCUUAUUGCUAAGCAUGUUCAGACUGCUAUAUGGAUCAAACCUGAAGAUGAAUCUUGCCGACAGAAAAAUGCUGAUAUGGGGAUCCUGAAUAUCUGUGACCCCGGUGACACUUCUUCAUGGCAAGCUCCAUUAAUGAACUGUGUUCGGUUGAACACGGACCAAUCAAAAAUUCAGAAACUACCUUCCAGACCUGAACGCCUGUUAUUUUAUUCGAGGAGUUUGGAAAUAAUAGGAGUUACUCCAGAGAAGUUUGAGAAUAAUAACCAGUUCUGGCGGGACCAGGUUCGCAAGUACUGGUCAUUUCUUGGUGUUGAAAAGACUAGCAUACGGAAUAUCAUGGACAUGAAUGCUAAUUAUGGUGGAUUUGCUAUGGCACUAAGCACUGAUCCUGUCUGGAUUAUGAAUAUAGUACCCUAUACAACCAUCAACACACUGCCUGUUAUCUAUGACCGGGGGUUAAUUGGUUCUUACCAUGACUGGUGCCAGCCAUUCUCAACAUAUCCUAGGUCAUAUGAUUUGCUACAUGCUUUCUACCUCUUUUCACACUAUCAAGGUCAUGUAGGAGGUUGCUUAUUGGAAGAUAUCAUGCUAGAAAUAGAUCGCAUCAUUCGUCCACAGGGUUUUAUCAUUAUUAGAGAUGAGAAUACCACUCUCUCAAGAAUCAGUGAUCUCGCACCAAAGUUCCUAUGGGAUGUCACCAUUCACACGUUGGAAAAUGAGGAAAACAGGCCGGAGCAGGAUGAGACAACUCAAAAGAGGUACAAACAAAUGGUCAAGUUGAAGGACAAACCAUUUUGCCUCCUACAUUUUUUGGAUUUGUCGAAAGGGCAUGAGAAGUGGAAGAUGAGGCUUGAACAUGUUCUCUUAAAUAUCACUGCUUGUUUACUUGUGUUCGGCUUAGAUGGAAAAGGUUGGCACGGUGAGACAGAAGGGUUUCAAUACUCGGGUGCUUUUGCUGCUAUGGGAGUUGAUACUAGUGUCUCAGUUGAGAAGUUCUGCAAGAACUUUAAAAUCGAGAUAAAUCGACUUACAGAUGAGGAUAUGGAGUUUGAUAUGAUUGGCGUUGAUGCAUCGAUAGCUAAUGCUUUCCGGAGAAUCCUCAUUGCAGAGGUUCCUACAAUGGCCAUUGAGAAAGUCUUCAUGGUUGACAAUACCUCAGUUAUAGCAGACGAGGUCCUUUCACAUCGACUAGGCCUUAUUCCACUUGAUGCUGACCCAAGGCUUUUUGAUUAUAUCUCUGAUGAUGUCCCAAAUGAAAGGAACACUAUUGUGUACAAACUGCAUGUUUCAUGUGAAAAGGGUUCCCAAAGGCUUACAGCAGUAUACAGUUGCUUACAGCUUUCUUGGCUCGCAGUUAAGUCUGGUCAAUUGGAGUGGUUGCCAGAAGGCAGCCAAUUAACUAUGGCAUCUCCUGCGCAAUCUGGGGACAAUCAGAGGACCUACACAUCCUUUGGUCAAAGCCAACAGAAUACCUCUGAAAGGCCUCUCGGUGUGAAGUAUAAUGACAUAACAAUCGCCAGGCUUGGGCCAGGACAGGCUAUUGAGCUUGAGGCACAUGCUGUUAAGGGAGUGGGGAAAGUUCAUGCGAAGUGGUCUCCAGUUGCUACAGCCUGGUACAGGAUGCUCCCUGAGGUUGUUCUUCUCAAAGAAAUUAAAAAUGGUGAUGCAGAGGAGCUAGUGAAAAAAUGCCCAGUUAAUGUUUUUGACAUUGAAGACCUGGGAAAGGGGGAGAAGAGAGCAGUUGUUGCAAAGCCAAGAGCAUGCACCCUUUGUAGGGAAUGUGUCAGACUGGCUGAUGAUCAAGUAGAGCUACGGCGCGUUAGAGACCACUUCAUUUUUACAAUCGAGUCCACCGGAUCUCUACCGCCAGAGGUGCUCUUCACAGAGGCCGUGAAUAUCCUUGAGGAGAAGUGCGAGCGAGUGAUAUCCGAACUUUCCUGA